AUGGUGAGCAAUGUGUGCCGCCCAUUGACACCCAAAACACCAGAGAAGUUACCGAGGCGGUGUUUUGGGAAAUAGAAGUUUGAGGAUUAUUGGGAUUCGGAGAUUAGGGAGACUUCGGUACAGGAGGACCAAUUCCCUCAUACAACGAGGAUACAACGAGGAGGAUCAUACAACGAGCGUUGUUUCACGUUGGUUUUUGUGAGGCCGUGGUAUCGUUCCGGUCGA